AGAAGUACCGGCCGCAGGCGCUGUCGGAGCUGGUGUCGCACCGGGAUAUCCUCAGCACCGUACAACGGUUUAUCAGCGAAGAUCGACUCCCGCAUCUUCUCCUCUAUGGUCCGCCCGGCACCGGUAAGACAUCGACCAUCCUCGCCUGCGCCAGGCAGCUCUACCGGGAGCGGGAGUUUGGCUCCAUGGUGCUAGAGCUCAACGCCUCCGAUGACCGGGGUAUCGACAUCGUCCGAGGGCCCAUCCUGAGCUUCGCCAGCACCAGGACCAUCUUUAAGAAAGGCUUCAAGCUCGUCAUCCUGGAUGAAGCCGACGCCAUGACCCAGGAUGCUCAGAACGCCCUGAGGCGAGUGAUCGAGAAGUUCACAGAAAACACCCGCUUUUGCCUCAUCUGCAACUACCUCUCCAAGAUCAUCCCCGCCUUGCAGUCCCGCUGCACGCGCUUCCGCUUCGGCCCGCUCACCCCGGAGCUGAUGGUGCCCCGGCUGCGGCACGUCAUACAGGAGGAGGGGGUGGAUGUGACUGAGGACGGGAUGAAGGCUCUGGUGACCCUCUCGAGCGGUGACAUGCGCAGAGCCCUCAAUAUCUUGCAGAGCACCACCAUGGCUUUCGGGAAGGUGACAGAGGAGAACGUCUACACCUGCACGGGACACCCCCUCAAGUCUGACAUUGCCAACAUCCUAGACUGGAUGCUGAACCAGGACUUUUCCACCGCCUAUCUCAAAAUCAUGGAGCUGAAGACGCUGAAGGGCUUGGCCCUGCAGGACAUCCUCACCGAGAUCCACCUCUUUGUGCACAGAGUUGAUUUCCCACCCUCGGUCCGCAUUCAGCUGCUCAUCAAAAUGGCAGACAUCGAGUACCGGCUGGCUGCUGGGACCAGUGAAAAGAUUCAGCUGAGCUCCCUCAUCGCGGCUUUCCAAGUCACCAGGGACCUGAUCGUGGCCGAAGCCUGAGUCCUGCCGGGUG